GUACUAAGAAAACAAAAUCCUAAAACCCUAGUUAAAACUUAAAACCCUCCAUCCUUUCUCAGUUUCUCUGUCUCUUCUUACCUUCCCUUUCUCAUUUCCCCCAACAUAAACUCCGGCGGCAGCGGCGGCGGAGGAAGCAGCAGCCAUGGAUAUGGAGACUGACGAAUCCGUAAAGAGGGUCCAAGUUCGCUUCGUAACUCAACUUGACCAAAAAUUCAAAGUUCCUCCUUCCACCAUUGCUCUUCCUUCUGACCUCACUCGCCUCGGCCUCUCUUCCGUCGUCAACAAUCUCCUCAAAGCUGUUGUUUCUGAUUGGGAGCCGGAACCCUUCGAUUUUUUAAUCGAUGGCGAGCUGGUUCGAAUGUCGCUCGAAGAGUUUCUUGUUGCCAAGGGAAUUUCUGCGGAAAAAGUUUUGGAAAUAGAAUACAUUAAGGCCAUUGUCCCACGCCAACACGAAGACCCAUUCUUACAUGAUGACUGGGUCAGUGCGAUUGAUGGCUCCAAUCCUGGAUUUGUUUUCACAGGAUGUUACGACGGUGUUGGAAGGAUAUGGAAGGGUGCUGAGACAUGUACACAUAUGCUACAGGGACAUAGUGAUGCCCUGACUUCCCUUUGUAUCAUCAAUGGAAAGGGUUCAGAGGAUGGGAACAACAUCAGUGUGGCUACUGCUUCGAAGGAUCGGACACUAAGGCUUUGGCAGUUUGAUGCAGAGGGUGCCAUGAAACAUCCUGCAACAGUUACUGCAUCUAAAGUUUUACGAGGGCAUAGCGCAGCCGUUGAAUGUGUCUCAUCCCAGAAAUCUGGAAAUAUGGUGUGUUCUGGUUCCUGGGACUCUACUAUUAAUCUGUGGAAGGCAAGCCUCUCUGAAGCUGAUGGCGAUCUUGCUUCUAUUAAAAAGAGAAAAACAAGCGGAGCUGUUAAUGAGUCCCAAUCAGAGGGUGAAGCUGUAUCUACGCUUGUGGGACACACUAAUUGUGUAUCUUCUGUUAUUUGGCCACUUGAUGAAACUAUAUAUUCGGCUUCCUGGGACCACUCAAUUCGAAUUUGGGAUGCUGAAACAGGGAGCGCAACAUGGACCAUGUUCUGUGGCAAGGUUCUUAACUGUAUUGAUGUUGGAGGAGAGAGCUCAGCUCUAGUAUCAGCUGGUGGUUCUGAUGGCACAUUAAGGAUAUGGGAUCCUCGCAGACCAGGAACAUUGGCUCCUGUAUACCAGUUUUCAUCACAUACAAAUUGGAUAUCUGCUUGCAAAUGGCACAAAAAAUCUUGGUUUCAUUUAGUUUCCUCGUCAUAUGAUGGGAAAGUAAUGCUAUGGGAUCUGAGGACAGCGUGGCCUCUAUCCGUGAUUGACUCACACAGUGAUAAGGUGUUAUGCGUUGAUUGGUGGAAAGGCGAUAGUGUUGUCAGUGGGGGAGCAGAUUCAAAGAUGUGUAUUGCUUCUGGAAUCUCAGUGAAGUGAACAUCUACAAGUUUCCUCUGGUGUGAAGUCAGUGAACUUCCACUCGAAAUUAUUUUCUACAUGCCAACAUCUCGACUUCCAUUCAGCUCUGCAAAGAAAAGGCGAGUCUGGUAUCUCGUCGAUUGGAAAAGGAUCACAUAUUUGUCGACUAUUUGCAGGUUAGGGAACGAGGAAUCGCUUGUAAUUAGGCCGAUUUUGCUGAAGGUUGAGUACUGGUGGUUCCUCUUUUUUGUUGUAAUACCUUCUAUAUUGCUUCAAGUUGGCUAUUGUUAAUGCUGAUUAUGUGUAUGAUUAAUAUAAUAUAUUUAUUGUUGAUUAAUAUUUUUAUUUUGGGUACUGAGUUCUGAUCAUGUAAACGUUAUAUGAUAAACUAUUAAACUGCAUAACUAUUGAGGUUAAAUAUUUUCUUUGAUGA